UGGCAGCUAGGGUUUUUAGGGCAAGUUGAGCUGACGGAACUCUUUGCAUCUCUCUACGCACCUUAGCUCCAAACCUCGACCAUGGCCGUCGGAAAGAACAAGCGGAUUUCCAAGGGGAAGAAAGGAGGAAAGAAGAAAGCAGCUGAUCCCUUCGCCAAGAAGGACUGGUAUGACAUCAAGGCUCCAUCAGUUUUCACUGUAAGAAACAUCGGAAAGACACUCGUUACCCGAACUCAGGGAACAAAGAUUGCUUCAGAAGGUCUCAAGCAUCGUGUGUUUGAGGUGUCAUUGGCUGACCUCCAAGGUGAUGAGGACCAUGCUUUCAGAAAGAUUCGUCUCAGGGCUGAGGAUGUUCAGGGAAGAAAUGUCCUUACAAACUUUUGGGGAAUGAACUUCACUACAGAUAAAUUGAGGUCAUUGGUGAAGAAGUGGCAAUCACUGAUUGAGGCACAUGUUGAUGUUAAAACAACAGACAGCUAUACCUUGAGAAUGUUUUGCAUUGGCUUCACUAAGAAGAGAGUAAACCAGCAAAAGAGAACCUGCUAUGCACAAUCUAGCCAGAUUCGUCAGAUUCGCCGCAAGAUGCGGGAGAUUAUGGUUAACCAUGCUCAGUCAUGUGACCUCAAGGACUUGGUUCAGAAGUUCAUUCCUGAGUCAAUUGGCCGUGAUAUUGAGAAGGCCACCUCAAGCAUCUACCCUUUACAAAAUGUGUUCAUUCGCAAGGUCAAGAUCCUAAAGGCUCCCAAGUUUGAUCUUGGCAAGUUAAUGGAGGUUCACGGUGACUACACUGAAGAUGUUGGCACAAAGCUGGACAGGCCUGCAGAUGAGCCCGUGGCUGAGGCAACUGAACCUGUUGUUGGAGCUUGAUUGUGAAUUUUGUGUCUUGUGCGUUUCUUGCCUAUUUAUAUGCUUUAAUGGACCUUAGAUCUUUGGCGGCUUAGGAAGAGUUUUGACAGGCAUAUCUUGAUACUGAACCAUUUGAACUUGAUGAUGAACCAGUUUAUAUUUCA